AUGCCGGCUGUUGUUCACAAGGGAUAUGCCAUCUCAUUUAUCCAUCAGUUUCACAUGCGCAAAGUAAAGUAUUAUCUGCAAAAUUUUCAUGAUAACCUUUCUACCGUUUUCGAGGAAUUCCCCGGCUUGACGAUAUCCAUCCUUUCUAUGGUGGCCUUCUCCAUGUUCUGUACAAGCCGUACUAUUGAAUGGGUUGGCCAUAUUUUCGCAUAUCUUGAACGGAUAAGACAACCAAUGGCAAGGCUGCCUUCAAUUGAUCCAAAUGCUCGGACAAUCUUGAUUUGUGGGUACCCAAAUGUUGGCAAGAGCUCAUUUAUAGACAAAAUUACGAUGGUCAAUGUGGAUGUACAACCUUGUGCUUUCACCACGAAAUCUCUAUUUGUUGGUCAUACUGACUACAAAUGUCUAAGAGCUGCAGUAUUGUUUUUCCUUGACAUUUCUGGAUCUUGUGGGUACUGUAUUGCACAGCAGCCAUUGGAAGAGAUUUCUAAAGAUGAUGUGAAGCUGGUAGUGGAUAUGAAAGUAGAAUCUGUGAAAACUUUGAUAGGUCAAGGGGGUAAGCCAACAAACUAUGAAGGCUUGCUCUUGACUAUGAGCACUUCGACUGAAGAGGGGGUAAUUGCAGUAAAGAAUGCAGCUUGUGUUAGGCUGUUGGAUCAGAAGGUGAAAUUAAAGAUGAUGUCGAAAAAGUUGAAUGACUCCCUGAACUGCUCCCAUAUUGCAACGCCUAAGCCAGGUGACCCGAAGGAAGGCCACGCGGAAUACCUCUGUCUGGCUUAG